AGUACAACUGCCGUUAACUGUGACUGCCUAAUACCAAGUAAUUCAUUAUAUACUAAUUAUAUCUAUAUUUAUCAUCAAUAUCAAUUGAAGAAUAAGGGGUACCCGUGCCAUGUAAAUAAGCCUCUGCUCCCUACAAUCCAUCUUUCCAACUUCCAGCUCCCAGUAACACGGAACCAUACAAUCCACUCGCGUGCCCUCCCAAUCACCACCUCUCAGAGUUAACCACCCACCCCAACCCCUAAUACUCUCAUCACCAAUACCCUCACCACCAAACCCAAGAAACCACCACCCCCCCAAAACCAUGUCCCGCAAAGGCGUCGGCCUAGCGGCCUUCGACCGCUCGCGUCUCACCUCCGCCCAAUACGCCUCUCACGGAAACACCCUACGGACGAGCGACGCCGCGGCGCUCGAGACGCAACUCUCCGUAUUCCGCUCUCUCCUCCAACAAUUCGCGCAAACACACGCGAAGGACAUCCGCUCAGACCCGAGUUUCCGCGCGCAGUUCGCGCGCAUGUGUACCGCGAUCGGGGUGGACCCGCUCGCCUCAUCCUCGUCGGGGGGAGGGGCGGGGAUAGGGAGUAGUCUCUGGGCGCAGCUUUUAGGACGCAGCGUGAACGACUUCUACUUCGAGCUCGCGGUGCGCGUGGUUGAGGUAUGCGGGGCCACGCGGGGGGAGAACGGAGGGUUGAUUGGGGUGAGGGAGUUACGGGAACGGCUGGGGAGGGGGCGGAUGGAGGGGGCGCCGGAGGUGACUGACGACGACGUGUUGAGAGCUGUCGGGACGCUGAAGCCGCUGGGGUCGAGUUACUCCGUUAUCCGUGUGGGGAAUAAGCCGUAUAUACGCUCUGUGCCGAAGGAGCUGAAUACGGACCAGAGCGCUGUGUUGGAGGCCGUCCAGGUCCUGGGCUACGUGAGCAUCUCGAUGCUGAUGGUUAACCUGCGUUGGGCGAGGGCUCGCGCCCAGACUGCUGUUGAGGAUCUCCUUGGCGAGGGCAUGUUGUGGGUUGAUAAGCAGGCUCCUGAGUGGGAGUAUUGGAGCCCUGGGUUUAUGCUCGAUGUUGAUGUUACGACUACGACUACGGCCGGAGGAUGAGAGCUCGGUUUGGUGGACUAUUUCCAUCUAUCCGGAUUAUAAUAUUACGAAACGCGGACUACUGCUAAGGAGUACGAAACCAGCAUGCUCUUAUCUAUAAGGCGUCGGGCGUGGGAGAUUAUGUGGAUUUGGACGCCACCUAGGAUAUCGGAGAUAUCGGGGAUGUACCACUCGAAAAAUGUCUCUCCGGUCGGCUUGCUAGAAGGCGUCAUCAAGGAUGCCUAAAUCAUUCGGAUCGUCAAAUCAUCGAUAUAAACAUCCUUUUGCGUGGUACAAAGGAAGCCGGAGAUUUUAGACGUUGGAGAAAUGUAAAUUACCUCUCCAUGAUCUGAAGAAUUCGGGUUAUAGAAUAGCUGAUUCUUUAACCACAAAUCAUCGAACUCUUACCCGAGAAACAGCACAAUCACAUCACAAACAGCAACAGACAAAAUCAUACCAGAAAGUA